AUGCAGUUCAACCAGUUCCUUACCUUCGGCAUUGCCACCCUUCUCUCCGUCACGCCGACCCUGGCUUGCCAGUGUUUCGCGAACGGUGUCCCGGACAACGCCAGAACGCUGACCUGCUGCGGCGAGGUCAAUGGUAUCUCGCAACCUCCGGAUCAGUGCCAAGCUGCCUCCAUUUCCGAGAGCCUCCGCGAGUUCCGGAGCUGCUGCGGCGGCCAGUCUGACUGUGACUUCCCUGGCAGGCGCGACGGGGACGAAACCGCAUUCGUUGCGUAA